AUGGUUGAGAAGUUGACGGCUGAAGGGAAUAAAGAAAUUGGCUCGGUAUCAGUGGGUGCAAGGAGGAGAGUGGAAGAGGAUAGGAUCACAGAGAUUGAAGAGUGGAAAGAAAGCAAAGAAAAGAUGGAAAGGAAAAACAAUAUUGUGAUUUUUGGGUGGAAUGGUAAAGAUAGGAUAGAGAAGAAGGAGAUAGCUGAUUUUUUCCAAGAAGAGAUAGGAUUGGAGAAUAUGGAAGAAAGUAUUGAAGAGAUAAGGCAGACAGGGACAAACAGAAAAAUGGUAUGGGUCAAGAUGAAAAAGUUAGAGGAUAAAAAGAAGAUAAUGGAGAGAAAAGCAAUGUUAAAAGGUAAAAAAGUAUUUAUCGAGAAUAACAGAACAAAAAAGGAGAGAGAAGAACAGAAGGAAUUAAAGAAAAGAGUGUGGAUAGCAAGAAACCAAGGAGCGAAAAAUGUAAAAGUGGGGUUUGGAAGACUGUGGGUGGAAGGAGUGAUGUACAGGUGGGACGGAUUUGAGGUGAUUGGUUUAUGUGAAACGUGGGUAGAAGAGAAGGGAUGGGAAGUAACAAAGAACAGAUUGCCGUCAGAGUGGAGUUGGGACUACAUCCCUGCAGAAAGAGUCGAGAGAAGAGAAAGUGCCAGAGGUGGAAUUAUCUUAGGGGUUAGGAAAGAGAUAGCAGGUCAGCUCGUAGAGAAGAGGAAAGGGAUGAUAAAAAGAGAGGUUAGGGUGGGAAAGAAAAUGUGGGACGUUUACUCCAUCUACAAUGACAGGGAGGGUAGGGAAAUGUUGGAAGAGUUAGAUGAGUUAGAUGAGUGGGUGAAAGAGGGAGAGGAAGAAAGAGAAAUUAUAAUAGGAGGAGACUGGAACGCAAGAAUUGGUGAAAUGGCCAGCGUCGAAGAGUUGAACGGGGGGGAAAAAAGAUGGUCGGAAGAUCCAAUAGUGAACAGCGAGGGAAGGAUGUUGAUGGAUCUGAUCGAUCGGAGGGGGUGA